AUGUGCAAGUUUGUCCGUGUGCCAUCUCGUUUUUAUCAACUCGCCACAGGGGACGAAAUAACUAUAAAGCAUGCCGUCGAGCGUGGCACAUACAUGAGGGAGCGGAGUAAGGUCCGGAAACGAAUUCUGGCCAGUGACGCACACCUUUUUCCAGGGGUUCUUGAAGUGGUCAAUGACCCCGCGUCUUCUGUUAUUUUUCUUGCUGUUAAAGAGGACGCAAACGCCGAACAUGGAUUUUUGGGUUUUGUGGUUGUCAACACAAGCUUUAUCGUGCAACAACGGAUUGUUGUGAUUGCGUGGAUCUCCGUUCUUAGCCGCUUUCGAGGAAUCCACGUGGGGCGUUCCUUACUUCAACACGUGGAGGUUUUUUGCCGCGUCAACGGUGUGGAGCUUAUGGAGGUGAUGUGCACUGAUGGUUACACGAAAUUGUUUAGGCGGCAUGGCUUUUUCACCUCCGUGAGCCCCUUUGCCUUUAAGAAAAAGGCCUUGCAAAAGCGGGUCGUCGUGCCCUCUUUGCCACGGGUGCCUUUUUGCGUCAGCAGUGGUGUUGUGUGUAUACGCUAUGCCAGGCAGGAAACCAGAAGGAAGUGGGUUUUCCUGGCUUUGGAGGCUUGUGGGUACAGUCUUGGAGGGGGGGAUUUGAUCCGUCGCAUUUUUGACGCAGAAUUUCGCAUUGAGGCGGUGGAUGCAAAAGAGGAUCGCGUGGUGGCGAUCUUGUCAAUGGACAGGCAAGGAUGGAUUCCCCUUAUCGCGUGUGUGACCGAGUACCGGGGGCGAGGACUGGGAUCGUUUUUACUUUUUAUGGCGAUGGAGUGGAUGCGGCGGGAGGGCGGCAGCUCUGUUUCUUUGGCCCCCUUGAACAGCAGCGUCGUUCACUUCUACAAGCGUUGGGCCUUCCAAGCGUCCUCCGUGGGCGGUAAGAAGCGACGUCGCGGCUCGCGCGACUCCAUGGUACUUGUACGAGCCAUUGAUCUCAACGCGCAUUAUAUUCCGGACGGACACUCCCUAGAAGACUUCCUCUCUGUCUCAACACCCGAAACUCCCGCGGCGGCGCAACAGUCAGAAGGUGAGGCGGCGGCGGCAGAUAGUUCUCCCAAUCUCAUUGCAUAA